AAACCAUCAAACAGAUUCUACCAACCAACCUCAUCUUUAAACCCUUUUUGUUUUGGGUCUUUAAUCCCAUUUAUUUUUGCUUUUGUCUUAAUAGCAGCUUUAUCUUUCAUCCUCAAACCUUGAAGUCAAUCCCACAAAGAACCCAAAGAAAAAAAGGCACAGGAUGGCCUUGUGGAGAACCUCAACACCUAUAGCCUCACUCCUUGGCCUCCUGUCCUUUCUCCUCCUCUACUCCACCACCACCACCACCACCGCCAUCCGUGUCAGCACCAUCAUCCACAAACCUUCUCCAAUGAACCUUCCAAUUUUCCGGGAAGCCCCAGCUUUUCGCAAUGGUGACACAUGUGGAUCAAAGGAAGCUGACAGGAUACAUAUUGCUAUGACCCUUGAUGCAAAUUACCUCCGUGGCACAAUGGCAGCUGUUUUAUCCAUGUUACAGCACUCAACUUGCCCUGAAAACUUGUCAUUCCAUUUCCUUUAUGAUCAUUCCGAUACUGAGCUCGUUUCAAGCAUUAAAUCAACCUUCCCAUACCUGAAUUUCACAAUCUAUCGUUUUGAUUCGAACCGAGUUCGUGGGAAGAUAUCAAAGUCGAUUCGACAAGCUUUGGACCAACCAUUGAACUACGCCAGGAUUUAUCUAGCUGAUAUAAUACCAGCUGACGUGAAAAGGGUUAUUUAUUUGGACUCAGACCUUGUUGUUGUCGAUGAUGUAGCAAAGCUUUGGGAUGUGGAUAUGGAGGACAAGGUGUUGGCAGCACCCCAAUAUUGUCAUGCAAACUUCACUCUAUAUUUCAACAAUGCAUUUUGGUCUGACCCAAUAUUAUCGAAAACAUUCCAGGGAAGGAAUCCAUGCUAUUUCAACACAGGAGUAAUGGUGGUGGAUGUGGACAAAUGGAGAAAUGGAGGGUACACGAAGAAAGUGGAGGAGUGGAUGGCAUUACAGAAGCAGAAGAGGAUAUACCAGUUGGGUUCUUUGCCACCAUUUUUGCUGGUUUUGGCAGGGAACAUCAAAGCAGUGAAUCACAGGUGGAACCAGCAUGGUUUGGGUGGAGACAACUUUGAAGGUAAAUGUAGACACCUUCACCCUGGUCUUAUUAGCCUUCUCCAUUGGAGUGGGAAAGGUAAACCAUGGCUAAGGCUAGAUUCUAGGAAACCAUGUGUGGUUGAUCAUUUGUGGGCUCCAUAUGAUCUUUACCGUUCAUCAAGGCAUUUUUUAGAAGACUGACGAAAAAAAAAAAAAGGAAUAAUUAGUUACAUGAAAAUGGACAUAUUAUUUGAGAGAUGGGGGAAAAGAAAGCUAUACUGGAAAGAAGAGCAAGCAGGCUUUACACAAUUUAGAUUUUGAAAAGAAGCAAAUUUCAUUAUGAAUUUUUUUAAGUUACACUGAUUUUUAUGUGAUAGUAACAUCAUCAGUUAUUGACUUUUAUUUUGUUGAAGCAAUUACUAACUUCUAAUUAAUU